AUGAAUAAAAAUGAUCCAAAUCGAAAACCUUUUGGCUUUCCAUAUGAUCCCUAUCCAAUCCAAAGUCAAUUAAUGAAUGCAAUUUAUAAUUCGGCAGAACAGGGAAGUAUUGCUAUUUUUGAAUCUCCUACAGGAACUGGAAAAUCUUUAUCUACAAUAUGCGCGGUAAUUAAAUAUUUUUUGGUAACCAAUUUAGAAAGUUAUCCUGUAAUGGUUAUAGUAUCAGAAUUGGUUUUACCUUUAGAAAUAUCGACAAAUCUUUAUAAUAGAAAUUUAUUUUUCAGUCCCUAACAUG